CUUUCACGAAUUGAAAUCUGUGAAAAGACGAAGCGUCAGUAAAGUCUAACGUAACCUUAACUGAAAAACCAAAGGCAUCCUGUAGAAAUUGUUAAUCGUGUUUUAAUAACUUUAUAAACAAUAUGGCUGAGACAAUGCAGCAAACUGUAGCUACUAUGCUAAGUGGAAUCGAACGGUACAACCCAGAUAAUUUGCCCACCUUGGAGAGAUAUGUGGAGAUGCAGUCCAAAGAGAACACCUAUGAUUUGGAGGCCAAUCUAGCUGUGCUGAAGCUGUACCAAUUUAAUCCUCAUAGUUUCAACAUUGAUAUCACCUGUCAAAUUUUAUUGAAAGCCCUUACCAAUCUACCCAACACCGAUUUCAUAUUGUGCAAAUGUUUGCUCACUGGAAAUCAGUUGGCUGCUGAUCCAAUCAAUCAGAUUAUUUACCUUGCUGACAUUUUGGAACAAUGCGACUUCCAACUUUUCUGGGCAAGAAUUAGGACAACUCCAGAGUUAACUCAAAAAAUUGCUGGAUUUUUGGACUCUAUCCGGAAAUUUGUCUGCCAUGUUGUGGGCAUUACUUUCCAAACUAUCGAGAUAAGUCAUUUGGCUCAACUCUUAGGUGUUAUUGAUGACUCAACUCUCCAGGUCUGGAUUAAAAAGUAUGGGUGGAAAUCUGAUUCAGACAACCUGGUUUUCAUUUCAAAUCAAGAUGAAAAUAUUAAGACUAAGAAUAUCAGCGAAAAGAUUGACUUUGAAAGUGUAGGACACAUUAUGGCUUCUUGCCGUUAAAAUGAAAGAAUGUUUGUCUAUGUUUGGAUACACAUACUGUACUUUAUUUUACAACUGAAGACAUUUUCAACAGCAGAACAUUAAUAUUGAUCACAAAUAAAUGGUUGAAUGUUCAGAAAAA